GGCACCAUGAGGCAGCUGGGGAUGAGGCGAGCGAGUCUCUCUGCCAGCCUGAAGCUCGGGGACCAGCGGGGCUGCGGCCGCACGCUGCAGGAAGAGGAGGUGCACAUCCCCUUUGCCCAGCAGAGCCUGGUAAAGCAAUGGAGCUCCAUGCAGAACAUGACGGACAGAAAGCAGGAGAAAAGCAAGGCUCCCCUUCAGAGGAGCAAGUUCUUGCUCAACAUUAAUGUGGGUGGCAAGUUGUUCCAGAUAGCUUACAGCGUCGUGGCCCGGUACCCCGUCACCCGCCUCGGGAAGCUGGCCCGUUACACAGACCCUACCAAGAAGCUGCAGCUCUGUGAUGACUACUCGGUGCAGAAGAACGAGUACUUCUUCGACAGAGAUCCUUCCAUUUUCCACUACAUCUUCCACUUCUACCGCAGCGGGGUCCUGUGGAUAAUGGAUGAGAUGUGCCCCAGUAACUUCGUGGAGGAAAUUGAGUACUGGGGAAUCCAUCUGAAAUACUCCCAGCGCUGCUGCCGGAUCCUGUUUGAGGAAAAGCAGGAUGAGCUCAGCGAGUACCUGAAAAUCCAGAAGGAGCUGGAGGCAGAGCUGGAGCCCCUGGACUCAGCGAAGCAGUUUGAGGGCAAAUUUCUGGGUCGGUUUCGGGAGAUGAUCUGGAACCUCAUUGAGAACCCGUACUCCUCUGUCACGGCCAAGAUCAUCGCUGUCAUGUCGAGCAUCUUUGUGCUCAUCUCCAUCGUGGGCAUGACACUGAGCACAGUGGAGGAGAUGAAACACAAGACAGGGAAGGCGUGGAUGGAGCAGCUGGAGAUGAUUUGUGCCAUCUUCUUCACCUCCGAGUACCUCAUGCGGCUCAUCUCCUCCUCCAGCUUCAAGAACUUCUUGCGGGCAGCGUUCAAUGCUGUGGACCUCGUGGCCAUCCUGCCCUUCUACAUCCAGAUCCUCUUUGAAAGCCUGGACGAAGGGGACAUGCUCUACCAUGAGGAGCUGCACAAGAUGGAGAACGUGGGCAAGCUGGGCAAGGUCCUCAAGCUCAUCAAGCUCAUGAGGAUCUUCCGCAUCCUCAAGCUGGCGCGUCACUCCACCGGCCUCCGGGCCUUCGGCUUCACCAUGCGCCAGUGCUACCAGCAGGUUUGCUGCCUCUUCCUCUUCAUCGCCAUGGGGGUCUUCACCUUCUCUGCUCUCAUGCACUCGGUAGAGCACGAUGUCCCAGGCACCAACUUCACCAGUAUCCCCUACGCGUGGUGGUGGGCAGCGGUCAGCCUCUCCACUGUGGGCUACGGAGACACCGUGCCUGACACGGUGCUCGGCAGGAUGGUGGCGUUUGGCUGCAUCUCCUUUGGCAUCAUCCUCAACGGGAUGCCCAUCUCCAUCCUCUACAACAAGUUCUCUGAUUACUACGCCAAGCUGAAGGCCCACGAGGACAAGAUCAGCCACUCGCUGAAGCUCUCCAGGAGGCUCCGCUUGAAGGAGCGGGUCCUGAGGAAGCUGUCGGAAUGCUGCAGGGAUGACCCCCGCCACCAGCACUGACACCAGCCCAUGGGGUACCCAGUCUGGCCCCCCUCCACCACGUCCUGUCCCCUAGGGAAGCUCCCCAGCUUGCCCAUGUGGCCAUGACUGUGGUGUGACCUCCCCCAGCGCGGUUCUGCUGUCCUGCAGCUAAAGACCAUGCUGUAUGGACACCUUUCUAUGUGCCAUAGGCUGGGGAUGGGGCACCCUGAGGACAUGGGGAGCGGGAUGCAUGGGGCUGAGCUGCCACCUUUCUGAGGAUGUCAGAAGUGGGCACCAGGAUGAGAUGAAGUCCUUGUGCAGUCCUGGCUCUGCCCCUGGGUGGAGUGGGACAUACAAAGGCAGUGGCCACACAACUUGUAGAAUCCCAGACUGGUUUGGGUCGGAAGGGAUCCGGCUGAAGGCCCAUGGAAGAGCCGUGCAUCCUUCCAGCCAAACCCACGUUCCCUCCCUGGGAGCCUGGGGGCACUGUCCUGGCUCAGGCUGCUUCUCUGAUGGGACCUGCGGGCACUCUGGGGGUGCAGAUCUGGCAGCAAGAACACCCUCAGGAACAGGCAUUGAAUAAACCAGGUCAAACCCAUUCCCAUUCCCAGUCGUUCAAUAAACUGCUCGUAUCUCAGGGGUGAAGAGGGGACAUCUCCACAGG